UCUCUUCUGUGGUUGUUGAGUGAGCAUGGGUGUACGACCAAUCUCCGGGGUUAGGAAAAAGUGAAUAGUGUGUAUGUAAAUCAUUUUUAUGAAUACUUUUGUGGAUUAACAACCAACAGUGAAACUACCAGCAUGAAGCAUCGGAAAAUUAGAGGACUAUUGGUUUUCUUCGCCGCUUUCGUAGGAAUCAGUCAAGGAGUAACGUGCCCCCACCCAGCCGUGCCCAUCAACACCCAGGUCUCCGUCAGCAGCAGAGAACCAGGGAGCACAGCCACGUAUUCAUGCGAUCCGGGAUAUACUCUCUUCGGAUCCUCAACUGCUACUUGUGGCGCAGAUGGAAAGUGGGCCGGAGAGCUGCCUCAUUGCGCCACGAACGUCGCUUGGAAGAAGCCGGUGAACCAGUCCUCGACGGCGAGAGGAGGCGCUGGCGAAAACGCCAACGACGGCGACCUGACGACGGUGCACGACGGCCAGAAAUGCACCGAGACACUGGUGGAGGCCUCCCCCUGGUGGGUCGUCGAUCUCUUGCAGGAGUACGAGAUCUCCGUCGUCAGGAUCACCACCAGAGGAUGUUGUGGACACCAACCAGUCCAGGACAUUGAAAUCCGUGUUGGAGACUCCAUCAACAUUCAGAGGAAUCGACUGUGUGCCUGGUUUCCAGGGACUAUAGAGGAAGGAGCGACGAAGGAACUGUCAUGUGCCCGAGCCAUGAAAGGUCGAUACGUCUUCGUGCAGAUGGUUGGUGUCGAAGGUUCCAUGUCCCUCUGCGAAGUCGAGGUGUUCUCGACCCAAGAAUUCUCAAAAGAGCGGUGUAGCAACAAGGUUGAACUUUCCAAAUUAGGAAUUUUCAAUCAAACGUGCUAUGAGUUACAGAUCACUGAAGGCGGCACAUUCGAACGCGGGCGAGAGCAUUGCCAGGGAGAGGGCGGGGACCUCGUUCAUGGCGUUGGCAAAAUCACCCACUCGUUCCUGGCGUCCGAACUGGAUCGUAUCAAGGAUAACAUGAAGACGAAUCUCUUUUGGAUUGGAGCUCAGAAGGAACCCUCUUUCAUCUCUCGUACUUGGAAGUGGAUCGGCGGUGAGGUCAUCGAAAGCCCCGCCUGGGGCAGGGACCAGCCCAAUAAUUACAACGGCAAACAGAACUGUGCCGUUUUCGACGGUGGAAGAGAAUGGAAAUGGAACGACGUCGGAUGUGAACUCAAUUACCUCCACUGGAUUUGUCAGUUUCAACCUGCGAGUUGUGGUUCUCCAGAUCGCAACGAGAAUACAACGAUAGGCACCGCUGACACAGGCAGAGGCUCUACAGUCACUUACCAGUGUCCCGUAGGCAAUAAAAUUGUUGGAGAUGCCACCAGAACUUGCCUGGAUUCUGGUUUCUGGAGUGGCUCUGCUCCCACUUGCAAAUAUGUGGAAUGCGGACAACCCAAAGAAAUUGAACAUGGAUCCCUCGUGUUGGUUGAUGGGCGGACGAACCAUGGAGCCAAAGCCGUUUACGAAUGUACCACGAAUUACACCAUCGUCGGCGAGAGCACUUCCGUUUGCAGCGACGAUGGCAACUGGUCUCCUGAAGCACCAGAGUGUCUCUAUUCGUGGUGUCCAGAAAUUGAAGCUCCUAUUCAUGGUGAAGUCCAGCUGAGCGGCCGACGAGCUGGGGACACCGCGACAUUUACUUGCGAACCUGGGUACUUUAUGGUGGGAACCAAGACAAUCUCCUGUGCUUUGGGAGGACAGUGGUCUGGGACAGCUCCUUCCUGUAGAUUCAUCGACUGCGGAAUACCAGAAGAUAUCAGAGAUGGAAAGAUGACAUUAGUCAAUGGCACCACCUUCUUGAACUCGAUGGCGAUCUAUGAGUGUGGAGACGACUACUGGCUGGAUGGUCCCGAAGAGAGAGCUUGUCUGGAGGACGGGCGCUGGAGUGACGUUUCACCAGAGUGUGUUUUGAUAACCUGUGAUGAACCAGUGGUGCCCCAUGGAGGUUUUGUGACCGGCUACAGUUUUAACGUACACGCAGAAAUUGAAUACCAUUGUGAAAAUGGGCAUUACUUAACUGGAGAUAACGUUAGGGUUUGCACGCGCGAUGGAGAGUGGACAGGAGAAAUACCAACCUGUACCUACGUGGACUGUGGUCGAGUGCCGACCUUAUCCCGUGGAGAGGUCCUAUACAUCAAUGAAUCGACAUACUUGGACAGCCAACUUCGAUAUGCUUGCAGCGCUAACUAUCGAAUUGCAGGAGACCAUGAGAGAACCUGCAUGAGAGAUGGCCUGUGGAGUGGCACAACUCCAAAAUGUGAAGAGAUCAGGUGCUCAGAACCUGAACACCCACCACUCACCAAGAACACAGUGACCGGCAACGAUCGACGAAUGUCAUCGACUGUUGCUCGCAGCAGAGGUCAAAACGCACCCGUUGAACACAGCUACAGGGUUGGAAGUGUAAUAACUUACAGAUGUGACAGAGGUUAUGUUGUUGACGGAAAGGCUAUGAGACAGUGCCAGCCUAAUGGGUCCUGGAAUAAUCAGCCUCCAUCAUGCAAAUAUGUGGACUGCGGUCUGCCUGAGAGCAUCUCUCCGGGAACAUACCGACUUUUGAGCAAUGAAACAAGUUUCGGCGCACAAGUAGCCUAUGAAUGCGUGGAAAAUUGGAAGAUUGAGGGCCGGAUUAGACGCUUCUGUCAAGAAAAUGGCACCUGGGCUGGUGAAACGCCAAAAUGUAUCGAGGUGUUGUGCCCAGAGUUAACAGAUAACUUGGCAGAGCCAUUGAAAGUUGUUGAGGGUAACAGGAAGGUUGGCUCCUUUGCAACAUAUUCUUGCCAGGAGGGACGCAAGUUGAUUGGAGAAUCCAAAAGGGAGUGUCGAACCAAUGGAAUUUGGUCUGGCUCACAACCAAGAUGUGAAUGGGUGUCUUGCAUGAUGCCAGAAGAGAUAGAAAAUGGCAGAAUCGUGAGACUUAAUGAAACAUUAUUGUAUGGAGCAGUAGUGGAGUACCACUGCUUACCCAAAUUCCGUUUAGAUGGCCCAUUCACUCGUACAUGUACAGGUGAAGGCGUUUGGUCUGGUGAAAGACCUCGUUGUCUAUUGGAUGAUGAGAGUGACUUUGGCAUCUUUGUGGAUAACACAGUGGAUGGGACAACUAACAGUGCUCACGGUAACCCUCAAGGAACUUUUGAAGAAGCCUCAAACACUGGUCUCUAUGUUGGCUUAGCCUUUGGACUCAUUGGUGUGAUCUGUGUUGCUUUACUGUUCUUGUUCCUCAGAACGAGACAGCAGAAGGGAAAGGGACAGGACCCUCCAACUCACAUGAAACCUAGAGAAGAACAUCAUAACUCAAGUGCUAUGAGCUAUGCAGAUCUUAGUGACCCAACAACAGGUAAUAAUAUUUAUGAGAACAUCCCAGAUGACGGUGAAGAAUAUGCAGACAUGUCUUCAGGCAAUUAUUCAACAGCCUCUGUGCGUCACACAUAUGCCAAUGGUCAUCAACCAACAUAUACAAAUGGCAUGAUGGAAUCAUCAGCCCGUCCACCUGCCCAUAUAAUGAGAAGGCCUCGAAUGCCACCCCCACAGCCCCCCACUGUUCCUGUAGGUGGUGUAGGCGGUGUUCCCUCUUCAGUAGUAACAAUCAAUGGUGUUUCAGUGGCUGCAAAUGCCCGUUAAUUUGGAAAAGAUUUUCAUAAAUUCUGUCAUUGCAUCUACAAAACACAUAUGGAGUUAUUUUAGCUCACUAAAUACAGAUAUACAGUACAAGAUAGUUACACACUACAAAAUUGCCACAAAUUGGCUUUUUUAAUUUUUCAGUUCAGUUAUAUUACAGAUAUAUAGUUUUGCUUUUUUAAUUAUAUUUUAAAAAAUUGUCUUCAAAUACUGGUAGGUUUUUGAAGGAUUAGUUUUAUUCUUGAAGCUGUUAAUUGCAAAUAGUGCUUCAAGUGGUUGUUAAGUGUGUCAUUUAAUUGACAUUUGAUACACCGUAGGAUGCACUAAUUAUUGUAUAUUUUGUAUGUUAGUGUACUAAAUAUAAAUUCACUAAUAAUUUUCCAUAGUUAAUGCUAAACCAAGCCAUUUAGGUACAAGAAAACAUUUUUUUCAAAAACUUAGAAAUGAAAACUUAUUUUCUUUAACCAGAAAUGAUCUUCGUAUUUCUCUCACAUAAUAUGUUAUUCUGCAAAUAUUUUCAAUUUCCAGUUUUCUAGGAUGUUGUUGAUCACAUACACAGAUAUUGAAACGGAGUACGUACCCUGUAUGUUCUUGUAUGAAUGUUAUCUGUACUCAUUAUUUUUUUAUAUUACUAUUUUGAUGCAUGAAAUGUGAUAUGGAUGCCUGGAUAUUUUGCCUUGUAGUUUUUAAGGUCAAAUUUACGCCAUAAUUUUGCAAUUUUGAUUUCAGAGGGGGAGGCUGUUACUGAAUGCUGCUUAACAUGCAAAACUUAUGUCUUUGCAUAUACUGCACAAUUAGCUGUAUUUUAACCGAUUUAAUUUUAAUUGGUUUGUAAUUAGUGCAUUUUAAGUUAUUGUCAGCUCUGACAAAGAAAAAGGAAAAAGGAAUCAUGGAGUAUCAAAAUUUAUUGAUCUUUAUGUGAAUGGUUUAUGAUGCUAUCACUUUGAGGUAUGUGUGAUUUUUGUGCAUGUACUUGUAACAAAAUUAAUAGUUAAAAUCUUAUAGCCUCUGUAUAUGAAAAAAUAUUUUUGUAAGCAGAAAUCUGACUUUGCAACAAUACUGGACUACUUUUGUACGCUAAAGUUUUUAUAUAAUGCAUUACUAGGAUGAAAAUAGGUUGUACAGACUGCAAACUCAAGAAACUUUACAAAGAAUUUUCAUUUAGAAGUGUUGAACUUUAUGUAGUUUUAGAAGGAGAGAGGUAAUUAAUGUUGGGGAAACGAAUUGCAUAAUUUUUCAAAUUUUAUCACUUGAUGUAAAAACAGGAAACUGCUUAAUUCAAGUAUUUGUUCAACUAGUUUGUCUUGUAGUCUUGCUGUUCUGAUAACAUAUUUUGCUUUUAUCCUUGCAGUUUUCUGCCCUAAUUUAGUGUACGAUAGCCAAACUCAUUCUGUAUGUGUUUCUCUUUCAUUUUACAGUAUAAAUAAAAUUUUCCUUUAUAUUUUGAUGCUUGUAAUUUGAAAGAAAAUAAAAUAAUAUUACAUUCACAGGUAAAAGAAAAAGAAUUACAGGAGUGCAUCCAAGGAAAACUCCCUUCUUACUCUUCCUCUAGGAAAACUAAAUCGAGACUAUUUUUCUUUAUGUGAGACUAACAGUUAUUAUAUAACGUAACCAAACAGUCUAGUCCUAGAAACAUACAUAGCUUUUUAAGGAGGGCAAUCACACAAGAUUUUAAGAAUUAAGCUAUAUCUAGUGAGUAUAUGUUAUUUUUUUCUUUUUUUUUUUUGGUUUUCUCGGUUAUUAACCAAUGUAUAUUGAUUAUAAUAGAAGAAUUUCUAUUUGUAAUACAAAUUUUAUAUCUUGACCACAUGAAAAGUAAUACAAUAUACUGGACAAUAUAUUUCUAAUAUUAAUGGAUGUUUGCUCUGGAAAAGAUAUACUAAAGUAUUUAUAUGAAAUAUUGAUACUUGGUGGGUUUACUUGCAAUCAUAAGAAAGCAAUGAGAUUUUAUAAAUUUAUUUCAUUAUGUUGUAUUAAAGUACCAUAUGCAGUUAUUUAUAUAACACAUAAAAAGAUGUUUCAUUUUUGUUAUUGAGUUAGUCAUAAUCCAUUAGCAAAUGGAUUACAGUACAGGUAUCCUAAAUGGUUUUAUGGAAACUAAAGAUAUCUAGGAUAUAGUUUAUAAAAUAUAUAUUCUAAAAGGAAUGAAAUUAAGAAUAUAGUUCUAGUUCAAGAACUUCAUUACAGGUGUCAUUUCUUGACAGUAUAGAUAGGUUGGUUCCCAUUAUUCUAAAUUGAAGAGAUACAGCGUAAUCCUUUAAGAUUAGCUGAACAACAGUGAACGUUGAUAUUUAAGCUAAGAUUCAGAUAACUUUACUAUUUUCUCUCAUGGCUGUAAUGCUAUGUUAAUUGUUGUAAUAUUUGUAAAUAGAAAUAUCUCAUGUAUAAUAAAUUAUGUGAAUAAGAA